AGUCUUGGUCAACCAGGUGUCGAUGUACACGUACGACACGACAUGGAAGGACCACCGGGAUCAGCAGCUGUCCUGCACCUUCAAUUUUUGGUCAACGAAGGUUCCCUGAUAUCAGCGACGGCCGAUGACACUUUACACCUUUGGAGCUACAAACAAAAAGUACCCCAAAUUAUACAGAGUUUGAAAUUUCAAAAAGAAAAGAUUACGUGUAUGCACCUACCUCUUCAAUCUAAAUGGCUGUACAUAGGCACAGAAAAAGGCAACGUUCAUGUAGUACAAAUAGAAAGUUUUUCAUUAUCAGGAUACGUAAUUAAUUGGAAUAAAACAAUCGAACUAACUAGGAAAACACAUCCUGGCGCAAUAGUUCAUUUAAGUGAUAAUCCAUUAGAUGCUAGUAAGUUAUUAAUAGGUUAUGAAAGCGGCCAAAUAGUGUUAUGGGAUUUAAGAAAUAGAUGUUCGGAUAUGCGGUGCUUGACCAGUGAGCUAAGAUCAAUAUCAUGGCACUUCGAAGGUAAACAGUUUAUGUGCUCGCACACAGACGGUACCUUGACGACGUGGAAUAUUAGGAAUAGUCAAAAAUAUGUACAUAUUUCGCAACCUCAUGCCAAAUUUAAUAAAGAUGGAAAAGCCGAACAAUGUAAACCUAUUAAUAAGGUGGAAUGGAAAACUAGUAAAACGGGGGAAGCUUUUGUGAUAUUUUCCGGUGGAAUGCCUUAUGACCAAGCUUGUAGAACGCCCAGUAUUACUGUUGUACAUAAUAAAACAACAACCGUUUUAGAAAUGGAACAUAACGUUAUAGAUUUUGUUACUUUAUGCGAAUCACCUUAUAUAAGCGAUAUGCAAGAGCCCUACGCAAUAAUAGCUCUACUGCAAAACGACUUGGUCGUUAUGGACCUUCAAACGCCAGGAUUUCCCUGCAUAGAAAACCCUUAUCCGAUGGACUUACAUGAAUCGCCAGUGACUUGCGUCAGUUAUCUAGCAGAUUGCCCUGGUGAUCUUAUUCCUGCGUUUUAUUCGGUGGGCAGAGCGGCAGCCACCAAACGACAAGGAGUUAGCGAAAUGGACUGGCCCAUCACUGGUGGUACUUGGUCCGCACAGGGUUGUAGUUAUCCUGAAGUUAUUUUAACUGGACACGCAGAUGGCAGUAUACGAUUCUGGGACGCUAGCGCAGGCACGUUGCAAGUGCUCUACAAGCUAAAAACCGCAAAAGUUUUCGAAAAACCCAAAUCCAGAUCGACGGAAUCCGAAGACGACCCGUUCGCGAUACACUUGAUAUCGCUAUGCCCCGAAUCCAGGAAACUGUGCGUCGCCGGCGCUUCCAGUCAUGUGAUAGUGUUUACGUACAAAAAAAUCGAAAGCAUUGAUGAGGUUACGGUAUUAGAAAUUCCCAUAGUUUACGAAGUCGUUGAAGACGAAAUAUCUCCCGACUGUCAGUUUUCCGGCCCUGGGAGCGGUGGAUCUGGUAAUAAGCUGGAAAUGUUGGAUUUCGACAAUAAAAGAGAAAAUUCCACAUUGAAAGUACGAACAACAGCUCAAAAAAAGCCUCCAGGAUUUCAAGCCGUUUUAGUUUGUUUAACUCCUUGGAGCAAUGGCGAACCACCAAGUCACAUUACGUCUUUAACAAUAAAUAGUUCAUACGGAUUAUUGGCUUAUGGAAAUGAAGCCGGCCUUGUGAUAGUAGACACUGAACAACGUGUUUGCCUGCUGAACGUUGGCAGUCCUGAUUUGUACGGAGCUCAAGAUCCUUACUCACGAGUGCCACGGAGUCCCAAAAAGAACCAACUCGGGCCUGAUGGUUUGCCUUUGGAAUUCGACAAACAACCGAGGAGUCCUAGUAUCGAUCAGAUGGGCCGUUCUCCCGAGUCACCAUUUUGUUUCGCCCCCUGUCCCACGCCAAUAGAACAAGCUCAAGAAGCUAUCGAAGACGACAUACCGAUUCCUAUUCUUCAACUUGCAACCAGAAGAAAGUCGUCAACGUGGAAAGGGCUGAAGAGACAACUGAGCAAGGUGGACAUUAAGCUUAAGAACCCUCUAAAGGAAAAACGACAUAGCGUAUUUUAUUCGGGAGUAUUGCCUGGAAACGAUAUUAUUGAUCACUUGGAGGAGGAACUGGAGAAUUUCGGUUCACAGGAUUCGGCAGAGGAAGUGACUGUGGUCGAUCAGUUUAUUCGUGUCAAAAGUCCCGAAUCCUGCAAUCACAGCGAACUAUCUUCCGGUCAAAUGUCGCCAUUGGACUUAGACGAAAAUUUCGAAGCCGAACUCAGUCCGGAUCAGCCCGGAAGCAGAAAAAUGAGCUACGCUAUACGUCCGGAUAAUUUAGAAUUGUUAGACGAAGAAGGUUCGCCAAUGAGACCUCCGAGAGGCGUUAAAAAGAAACAGCAACAGCCCAGAAAAGAAGGCGAAAGAUUGUUGUCGGUGCCGAAUAUCAAAUUUUUGAAGGGCGAAGGACAGAGCCUGAAAGAUCUAAGAGAUAAGGAAGAUAUUCUGACGAGUCCGCAACCCUCGUUUACCGGAAACUUCAUGCGGCGUUUCAACAAACUGGAUAGCAGUUUUUCGAGGUCAAGGUCAAGUUCAAUGAGCAGCUUGGAAAACAUCACGUCCGAAUCUGUACAAUGUUUGGUGUUUGCUGAUUCAUAUACCAAGAAGUCAGAACCGACAGUUCUUACACCAACCCUCUGGAUCGGUACGAGUCUAGGUUCAGUCUUACCAAUACUGAUAAUACCACCAGAUCCCGACAGUAGAUCCUCUCAACCAGUGGUAGUUUCGAUGGUUGGAAUGACGAUAUUUAGACUAAAAGGAGGCAUUUUAACGUUGUCCUUUCUGGACUGCAACGGAUCUCUGAUACCUUACUCUUACGAGAACUGGAGGGAUGAUAAUCGAGAGAAACGAGAAAGAGACCGAACACCGACAAGAAAUCAAAACCGCAUGAGUCCUACUUUAGGUGAAAAUUCCACAAGAAGCGACAACUACAACGACAGGCAAUUCGUGGUGAUAGCCAGUGAAAAACAGGCCAGGGUUGUAGCUCUACCUUCGCAAAACUGCGUUUACAGGCAGCAAUUAGCUGACAGUGAUUUUGUAGUGAAAGCUGAAGUAAUAUCAUUUAAAGACAGCGUAUGCCUGGUGACCUACGUUUCAAAUGGACAUUUGAUGGCCUACAGUCUUCCCAGCCUAAGACCUCUUCUAGACGUUGACUUUUUACCAUUGUCAGAAUUGAGUUUCCAGACACCCAGUAAUAAGGGAAUUGUAGACCCCAUGUUAUCGAUAUGGGGCCAGCAACUUAUUGUUAACGAGGACACCGAUCAAAUUGCCAGGACAUUCGGAUUCAGUAAUAGAGGACACGGAUUGUAUUUGGCGUCGCCGUCGGAAUUGCAGAAGUUCACUUUAUGUACAGAUUUUUGCAAUGAACUAGCCGAAAUGUUAGGCGAACUUUUUUUAACGUGCGAAAUGCCAGAACCACCCAAAAUCGGAUUUUUCAAAGGACUCUUUGGCGGUGGAGUCAGUUAUUUAGACCGAGAAGAACUAUUCGGCGAAUCGAGUGGUAAGGCAAACAAAUCGAUAGCCAAACACAUACCAGGAAACAUGGGCGACGUUGGUCAAAGGGCGUCGAGUGCCUGCAGCGAAGUGAAUCGGGCCCACAAGCUAAUGCUGGAACGUGGCGAGAAACUGAGCCAAUUAGAGGAGAGAGCCGAGCGCAUGCGUAACGAAGCGGAAAAUUUCGGUUCUACAGCGCACGACCUCAUGUUGAAGUACAAAGACAAAAAGUGGUACCAGUUAUGA